UAAAGAACCAGUGGUGGCGCCAGAGGGGGGGCAGGGGGGGCUACAGCCCCCCCGUCGGAGGAGGCUAGCCCCUCCGUCGGAAGAUAAAUUAUGCUUGAAUUUUUUUUGUCGGAGCGAAUUUUUUAAGUUUUGGCGGAAAUAGAAAUUUCUAAAAGGACUGUUAUCAGAAUUCAGGAAGCUCAUCCCAAAACAACUCAUCGACACAUCAAUUUCAUGGUAAAUAAUAAUCUGUUAUAAGAAGUUUGAAUUGGUUGUUUAGAUGUUCAGUACCAGGUGUUUUCCGCAUGCUGUUAAAUUUGAUCUUAUGUUAUGGAUAGUGCAGUUCGUCCAAAUCUUGCUUGCUAUAACCAACCUACAACAUCGGAAUAUUUUUGUGCGAUAGCGAUAUGGCAACAAAUGUUACCCGUUUCAGUGUUAGAUGUAGUAUAUGUAAUGACGUAUUUAACAAUGAUUACGCUGCCCGCCACACGAAGUCCAAGCACAAAGAUUUGGCUGCAAUGGGAAGGACUGCUCCUACGACGGCAAUAGUUGAAACGGACUCGCAGCAGAGAAAAAUAAAAACAUUUUUUCAAUCAAAAGGCGGUACUUUUCCAAAGAAACGAAAGGUUAAUGAUUUUGAAACUGAAAGAACAACAGAAGACCCCGAAGAACAAGAAGUUGAAAUUUCGAAAAUUCAAGACGAAGAGCAAAUCGAACGUGGUACAACUUCUAGCUUGGACCCCGAAGUCACGAAUGUAGAUGCUGACAACUACGUCACCAUUUCGGAAGCCGAACAGUCGAUGUCGGACAUUGUGGAAGCAGCAAAUGAAAGCGACAGCAACGAGGAUAUCGAGGAAAAUUUGGAACAGUUGGAACUCGAGUUGGAAGAUGAAGUUGAUCCUGCAGGAUUAUCAGCCGAAGGUAUACUAACUAGCUAUCAGAUAUAAUCGUAACUCUCCAUUAACCAGCGGCGUAGGGGGGUACUAAAAAGUGGAAGGGCGCGUGAAAAAAGGGCACCUUGGUAUGUAAUUAAGACGAAGGCAAACCCUGCUAGAAGGGCACGGGGGCAUGCACGCC